AUGCCUCGUCAGAAGGUGUACGGAAAGCGCUCACGAGCAAUAUACGACCUUAACGGCGCGAACAUUUCGAGUCCUGAUCAGCCCUGCGAGAAACCCACCACGAAGACGACCACGGUCAAACAAAUAGACGUCCCCGUCCGAGCCAACGAAGCGAGGAAGAGGGAGAAGAAGAGUGAAAGACCAGCGUUAGGGGAGCGCCAAAACAAUGAAGUCGUGUUACCGCUGGAGGUCUUGAGAUAUGCAGAAGCAGAUGCGACGCCGAAGCGAAUACCACGAGCGAAGCGAAAUAACAGAGUCGUCUUGGAUAGCGACGAAGAAAAUGAGACCUUCACACCACGAAGAAGUCCGCGUCGGAAACAAGCACUCCAGCAUACUGAAGUGAAAGUCUGUGAUUCCAGGUCGCCGAAGAAGGCUGUCAAAGAGAGAUUAGUAGACGAUAGGGGCACUCAGCAAUGCGGGCAGCGCAAUCCUCCAGCAAGGGAGCAUGUUGCAGAAAAGGAAAAACAAGCACAGGACGAGCAGACACAGCAAAAGUCAGCGAAUUCGUUCGAUCAACACUGUUCACCGCUUUUGGACCUCACAAUACAUCCCAUCGGAUGCUUCGAGAGCUGGUCAACGCAACUCUCCUCGCACUUCUCGAUCAACAAAAUUGCAGAAGCUUCCUUUGGAGAAGUCUACCGACUAUCCCUACUAGAGGCAAUUCCAGACAUAUGUCGGUCAGAUGAGUCUGUGUUCAAAAUCAUCCCGCUUCGAGCGCCAUCAAGUACUUUACCAACAGACAAGCGGAAACGCAAAGCCGCUCUCACAAAACAGGAGAUGAUGAGCAAGCCCGAAGACGUAGCGAACGAAGUCAAGCUGUUACAACGCAUGAGCGCCAUCCCAGGCUUCACAAACUUCAGAGAUAUGAGAGUAUUGCAAGGCCGACCGCCAGAAGCCUUCUCCACAGCAUUCAAAGCCUGGAACGCAGAGCAGAAGACCAAAAAGAAGGACCUCAGCCACUUCCCCGACCCAAGCAAGAAAGCCAGCUACUCAGAAGACCAACUCUGGGCCGUCAUCGAAAUGCAAGACGCAGGCAACGAUCUCGAACUCAUGGUCGAAAGCGGCGAAUGCACAUCCAUCUGGACAGUCUGGGACAUCUUCUGGCAAGUCGUCCUCUCGCUCGCCAAGGGCGAGGAAGGCGCCGAAUUCGAGCACCGCGACCUGCAUCUCGGAAACAUCUGCGUGCGCUCCUCUCCACCCACCACCACCACUAAAGACCCCCUCGACCCCGCCCGCAAACUCGGCUUCAGCGCCCAAGAAACGACCAUAAUCGACUACACAAUCUCCCGCUGCCUCAUGACCUCCCCCUCCAACCCAUCAAUCGCCUACACAGACCUCUCCACCGACCCCGCCCUCUUCGAAGGCGACAGCACCGACGAAUACCAAUACGACAUCUACCGCUACAUGCGCGGCGUGCUCUACGGCGACAACGCCUUCGCCGAGAUCCACCACUACAGCCCCAAAGACCUCGCCGCCACAGGCCGAACAUGGGAACAGUACCACCCGCAAACGAACCUCGUCUGGCUGCACCUCGUGCUGUACAAACUGCUGGAACAGCUCGAGUGGCCUUCGGCGAUGAAGGCGCCGAGUAAGAAGACGAGGAAGGUGGAGUGGAGGGCUUGGAAGAGGGCGAAUGAUCUGGAGCAUGUGCUUUUGAAGGUGCAGGAGUUGUUGGAUCCCGGGGCUAUUUGUACGAAUGAGAUUUGGUCGGCGGGGGAUUUGGUCUUGCUGGCAUUGUGUGAGGGGUGGUUGGAUGCGCAGGAUGUCAUUGGGCAUGCUGAGGGGGAUGAGUCGGCUUUGGUGAGCCAGUUGGAGGGAUUAGAGUUGCGGUGA